UCCUACACGGCAGAGUGUAGGGCAGGCAGAAGGCACAGGAAAGCUAAGAGGCUCAUAGGGAGUAUAAAUAAGAAGGGUGGCUGUUAGGGCAUCGAGCCCAUCACUCUCUCCUUGAAGAGAGGCAAAAAGACAGAGUGGCUUAGGACACUGGUGUCUCAAAAGUGAGUGGUGUUUAUUCGCAUGAGCGCACAUAAGUUAAUGUAGCUAAAUUAUAAAUAAGUACUUUUUAAGGUAGAUAAUCGUGGCAGGAGCUUAUCUUCAGAGAUGGAGUGGAAAUUAGAAAGAUCUGCUUCUAGGAAGGUCAAGACAGAUGAAGACAUGUUGUGGGAGAAAGUAAUGAAAACACUUGGGAAAGACCUUACACAGAUGAGAAAACAAAGUUUACAGAAGUUCACUAAGAUGCCUGAUUCAGGAAAGCCCACCUAUUCACGAUUUAAAAGUUGCAUUGUGAAGAAACUGACGUGCAGUGUUCCUGUUGCUAGUAGCCCUAUCGUCACAAGAUGGCAGCAGACACAUGCAAGAAAUCAUGCCGAGCAAACUUUCACAGAGUGUCAGCCUAUUAAUCUCUUUCCAGCUGAUGGAUCUGAGCUAGUAAGGACUCCUGAGAAGAUCUCAACAAUCCCAGUAUCCUUCCAGGUGCCUAUCAAAAAUUCUACUCAUGAACCUUAUAUCAUUACUAAUGCCACAGCCAGAUGUCAUGAGACAACUUACUUACAAGGAAGAAAUAAAAGGAGAGCUGAAAUAGCAAAGAAGAGGAAAUGUCUUAGUCAGCUGUUAAUGCUCCAAGAGGGUGGAUUCGGCAUCCCAGAAAACAACAGUAUAAAGAUCUGUGGAAACACUGAGUGUAUUUGGAAAGGCUGCCAGAAUGGAAUGCAUAAUGAAUUUACUGCUCACACAGUUUCCACUAAUAGCGAAUCUUUCAUACCAUUGGAGCCAGAGGUCAGGCUUCAUAUUACUGGCUUACGCAAUGAUUACUAUCUAAACAUACUGGACUGGAACCAGGAAAAUCUCAUUGCCAUUGCUCUAGGAUCUGCUGCACACAUUUGGAAUGGGGAAACCUACCGAAGCACUGAAGGAGUUAAUUUAAAUUCCAGUUUAAAAUAUAUUUCUUCUGUAGCCUGGAUAAAACAGGGAACUUGCCUUGCAGUUGGCACCAGUGAUGGAGAAGUGCAAUUAUGGGACAUUGAAACCAAAAAGAGGUUGAGAAACAUGUUUGGUCACCUGUCUGUGGUGGGAGCCAUGAGCUGGAAUCAUUAUAUACUUAGCAGUGGUUCAAGACUAGGAUUAAUUCAUCAUCAUGAUGUUCGGAUUUCUCAGCACCAUGUAGGGACCCUUUGCCAUAACAAGCAGAGCAUUUGCAGCCUGAAAUGGUCCACAAACAGCAAGCUGCUGGCAAGUGGGUCCAGUGAUGGUCUAUUGAAUAUCUGGCCUAAUGACCCUGGUGCGACAGUGCAUUGUAAGCCAUUGAAGGCCAUACCCCAUGCCUCAGCAGUAAAGGCUAUGAACUGGUGUCCAUGGCAGUCAGAAAUCCUUGCCACAGGAGGUGGAAUGAAGGAUGGAUUUUUACGUGUCUGGGACGUAAGCACUGGGAAAACCAUCGAAACCACAGACACAAAAUCUCAGAUUUGCUCCCUGUUCUGGUUACCCAAAACCAAUGAAUUAAUGACUGGACAAGGUCUCCCUAAAAAUCAGAUGAAAAUAUGGAAGUAUCCCACGCUUACAAAUUCAACUGAUCUCUAUGGUCAUAAAGGAAGAGUCUUGCACAUAGCACUGAGCCCAGAUCAUAGCAGGAUCUUUUCUCUUGCAGCUGAUGGAAUGGCUUGUGUGUGGAAAUACUGCUAAUCUGGUGAAAGCAAGCACAGAAGCAAGGAUUUUCAGGAGGAUUAUUCUAAUUAGUUGUGACAACUUUUUUCCAUUGACUUCUGAAAGUGAGUAGUUAAAGGUUUUUUGGCAAUGACAGUAAUACAACAAAUCUGCAUUCUUUCCAAAUGAAACAUGGAAUAAAGAUAACACCUUAGUUCAUUAUCACAUGGAAUCCGCUUGAGCCCACACUGCCUAUGCUUUCGAUGAAAAACAUUCUAAUUGACUAAUAAUAUCAGAUUUGUUUUCCUUAAACUGAUAACCAUGGGUGGCAUUCAUACAUGCACUGAGAGCCAGCACGAGGACCAUGCACCAAUAUGCCAAUCUCAUAGGCCUAAUGAGAAGUUCUACAUUGGCGAUUCUCAGGAGUACAGUCCCAGGGCAUGUAUACACAGUCUACAGAAGCUAGCCUCCCAGCCUGGGUUGACAGACUUGGGUUAGCAGGGUUUGUGCCAGCACAGUAAAAAUAACUGUGUAAACAGUACUUUGAAGUUGGAGUUCAGAUUCUGAAACUUAGGGAGGUUUUUAUUAAACCCCACCCCUCUGUAUUUCAAAAAGUUUUUAACAUCUAAAAUAAUAAAUGCAUAAUAAUCAUAAUUAUAUGGUCUUUUUGUAAGUUGCUAGUCAGUUACUUGUCUAUGUCCAGGAAACAGAGGCUCUGAGUCUGUUGC